AUGGCCAACGGCGAUGUCAAAGAGCCUGAUGCUCAAGUAAACACGGAGGAGAUUGUGCACGCUGGCGAAUCGGUUCAAAACGGUGCUGAGGAUGUUGACAUGGUUGCCGAUGAGCAAGAAGAAGCAGAAGAAGAUGCCGACAAAGAGAAGAUUAGACUACUCUCGAGCGCUACAUCUGAAGACGGCACUUGCGCGUCUUUCCAGAUUUCCGAGGAAGACCACACGCUCGGAAACGCGCUCCGCUACAUCAUCAUGAAGAACCCAGAUGUUGAGUUCUGCGGUUACUCUAUACCCCACCCCAGUGAAACGCUCUUGAACCUCAGGAUACAAACGUACGGGAAGUUCACUGCUGUGGAAGUUCUACAGAAAGGUCUCCAAGAUCUCAUGGACCUGUGCGACGCCGUCGAAGACAAGUUCACCCAACGCAUUCGCGAGAUGUAA